CUUGUGACGACUGUUCGGUUUGCAAAGUGCUGCGUUUAGUCGUGGAAUAUAUUCUCAAGUUCCACCAUGGUUGCCGGAGAGUUUACCACCUGAAAACCAAGCAGCCGCCAAUGAUCAAAAUUUUGACCAAGAUAAUGUUGAAAGUGAUCUUGAAACCGAAGAAGAAUUUUUGUUUAGCGAUACAGAGCAAUCAUGUGGAUGUGAAAAUGGGUAUGAAGAAUCUACGGGUAUCCCACUGGGUGUGUGUUCUCCUGUGUAUUUAGGGAACGAUAUGGAAACCAAAUGGUCAGUGCAUCCUCCUCAUCCUAAUGUACGCACCAGAAAGCAUAAUAUUGUAAUCCACCAACCAGGAGUAAAGAAAGUGACAAAAAACUCUUUCUCUGUAUUAGAAUGUUGGAAAUUAUUUUUUCCAAACAAUAUGAUUCAAGAAGUAGUGGACUGUACAAACAUUUGUUUAGACAAAAUGUGUGUUAACUAUGGACAUGAAAGAGAUUGUGGCAGUACCACACUUGCGGAGUUGAGCGCUUUGUUGGGUUUGCUAUAUCUAGCAGGUGUGAAAAAAGCGCAGCAUCUAAAUAUUGAAGAAUUUUUCAGUGAUGAUGGAACAGCUCCAGAAUGUUUUAGAGCAGUAAAGAAUAUGAAAAGGUUUUACUUGCUUCUGCAUGCUCUCAGAUUUGAUAAUAUACAUGAUAGGGAUGAAAGGAAACUUACUGACAAUCUAGCUCCUAUAAGAAACAUUUUUCAACAGUUUGUUACCCACUGUACGACAAAUUAUCAAGUUGGUGAAUAUGUAACUGUGGACGAAACGCUGGAAGCAUUUCAAGGACGUAGCAAGUUCCGGCAGUACAUAGCUAAUAAACCUGCCAAGUAUGGACUAAUAGUGUAUGCCCUAGUAGACUCGCGUACAUUCUACACAAGCAAUUUGGAAAUAUAUGCUGGUAGACAACCUGAGGGUCCGUAUAAGUGUGACAACAAGUCAAGUAGUGUGGUAAACCAUAUUGCUGCCCCUAUCAUCAAUACAAGCAGGAAUAUUACUAUGGAUAAGUAUUUUACCUCACUGCCCUUAGCAAGAGAGCUGCUUCAGAAGAAUACUACUAUUGUUGGUACACUCAGAAAAAAUAAGAAGGAAAUCCCUCCUUUAUUUGUGAACACAAAGGGAAGGGCACAAAGAAGCAGCAUGUUCGCUUUUUCAUCUGCAGGUACAUUAGUAUAUUAUGUACCCAAAAUAAAUAAGAAUGUGUUGCUUCUGUCCACACUUCACAGUGACGACAAAAUUGACGAAACUUCGGGGAGCUUGAAAAACCUUGAUUAUAACAUUUUAUAAUCUAACAAAAUGCAGAGUAGAUGUUGUAGAUGAACUGAAAGGUGAAUAUUCUGUGUCAAGGAUAAGCUACAGAUGGCCUCUGACAAUAUUUUUUUCAUUGUUGAAUUUUGGUGGGAUAAACAGCCAAGUAAUAUACUCUUCAAAUACUGGAGAAAAACUCUCAAGAUGUGUGUUUCUAAAGAACUUAGCUUUGUAGCUAAUGAAACCACAACUUGUAGCUCGUGCUUCAAUCAAAACUUUGCCUGUAGCCUUGCAAACAAUUGUAGCAAGGGCCGCUGGAAGAGAAGCACAAACAGAAUCAAAACGAAAAUCAGUCCCAGGAUUUUGUUCUGUCUGUCCCCAAAAGAAAAAGAAAAGAACA